AUGGAUAUCAAGAAGUACAAUCAAGACUCAAUUGCUAUGAGUUUUGUCACCGUAAAUGAAAUGACUUCAACUGAUGAUUUAAAUCAGUUGGAGCCAACUUUUAUGUAUACCCAAAUAUUCAAGGAUAUUCUUCUUGAUAUGGAUUACGAUGAACAGGCCAUUACACAGUUUACAACUUAUUGUCGACAACAUAAUUGCGGAUCGGCAAACAGUAUUGAUAAAUUUGAAAACGAAUACUAUACUCAAUCAGCUAUUUGGUGGUAUACUUCUCCCUUAUUUAUCUAUUCUACGCUGAAUUAUGCUCUUCGCUCUAUGGAAAGUGAUACCAUUAUUAAUAUGGGUUUUUUCAUUCAUCACCUGCAUCAACAAAUUCAUCAACUACAUCAACAACAGUUUAAUAUUGAUCAUGGCAAACCAUUCACAGUCUAUCGCGGACAAGGUUUGUCCAAAGCAAAUUUCGAAAAACUGCAAAGAACAAAAGGGUGUUUAAUAUCUUUCAAUAACUUUUUAUCCACUAGUAUGGAACAAGGCAUAGCUCUCGGACUUGCUUUAAGUGCUUUAGAAAAUACAGAUACGGUCAGCAUUCUAUUUGUAAUGUCCAUUGAUCCUUGUAUAAAAUCAGCACCAUUCGCUUCUAUCAAAGACAAGAGUUAUUUUAAAGAUGAAGAAGAAAUUCUCUUCUCAAUGCACACCGUCUUUCGAGUCGGUGCAAUUAAAGUGAUGGACAUUGACAAUGAACUUUAUCAAGUUGAACUACAAUUAACGUCGGAUGAUGAUCAACAAUUACGAGUACUUACUGAUCGAAUACGAGAGGAAGCUAGUGGUAGUACUGGAUGGCACCGAUUGGGUCAAUUAUUGCUUCAAAUUGGUCAAGUUAAUAAAGCUGAAGAACUUUAUAGCAUAUUACUCGAACAGGUAUCGAAUGAGGAUGAAAAAGCAUUUUAUUAUAAUCAGCUGGGAGUGGCAAAAGUUACGCAGGGUGAUUAUGAAAAAGCUAUUUGGUAUUACAAAAGAGGACUGGUGAUUAUAGAAAAGGCUCUCCCGUCAAAUCAUCCUAAUUUGGCUACUUCAUACAACAAUAUCGGUAUGCUGUAUAAUAACAUGGGAGAGUACUCGAAAGCACUUUCAUUUUACGAAAAAGCACUUGACAUUAGACAAACAAAUCCUCCUUCAAAUUAUUCGGAUUUCGCGCUGUCAUAUAAUAACAUCGGUACUGUGUAUUACAAGAUGGGAGAGUACUCGAAAGCACUUUCAUUUUCCGAAAAAGCACUUAAAAUUCGAGAAGAAGUUCUUCCUUCCAAUCAUCCUGAUCUGGUUACUUCAUAUAACAACAUCGGGAUUUUGUAUGACAGUAUGGGAGAGUACCCGAAAGCACUUUUCACUCUCGAAAAAGCACUUAAAAUCUAUCAAAAAACUCUUCCUUCAAACCAUCCUUUGUUGGCUAUUUCAUACAACAACAUCGGUAUGCUGUACAAACAGAUGGGAGAGUGCUCAAAAGCCCUUUCAUUGUACGAAAAAGCACUCGAAAUCUACCAGAAAACUCUUCCUUUACAUCAUCCUAAUUUUGCUACUUCAUUCAGCAACAUCGGUUGUGUGUAUCACAACAUGGGAGAAUAUUCGAAAGCACUUUCAUUUUACGAAAAAGCACUUAACAUUAGACAAAAAACUCUUCCUUCAAAUCAUCCUGAUUUGGCUAGUUCAUACAACAGCAUCGGUAAUGUGUAUAACGAAAUGGCAGAGUACUCCAAAGCACUUUCCCCUCACCAAAAAGCACUUGAAAUCUAUCAAAAAAAUCUUCCUUCAAAUCACCCUCUGUUGGCUAAGUCAUACAACAACAUCGGUAGUAUGUAUAACAACAUGGGAGAGCAUACGGAAGCACUUUCAUUUUUCGAGAAAGCACUCGAAAUCUUUCAAAAGACUCUUUCUUCAAAUCAUCCUAAUUUGGCUACUUCAUACAGCAACAUUGCUAGUAUAUAUUACACUAUAGAAGACAAUUCGAAGGCUCUUUCAUUUUUCGAAAAAGCCCUUGAGAUUCAACAAAAAAGUCUUCCUUCAAAUCAUCCUUUGUUCGCUUCUUCAUAUAACAACAUCGGUACUGUGUAUUACAAGAUGGGAGAGUACUCGACAGCACUUUCAUUUUACGAAAAAGCAGUUGACAUUAGACAAAAAACUCUUCCUUCAAAUCAUCCUAAUUUGGCUAAUUCAUACAAUAGCAUCGGCAAUAUGUAUAACGAAAUGGCAGAGUACGAAAAAGCACUUUCUUCUCACGAAAAAGCGCUCGAAAUCUAUGAAAAAACUCUUCCUUCAAAUCAUCCUUCGUUGGCUAAUUUAUACAACAACAUCGGUUGGGUUUAUAGAAAUAUGAAAGACUAUUCGACAGCACUAUCAUAUCAUGAACGUGUUCUGGACAUAUUACAACGUGCACUACCUCCGACGGAUCCUUAUAUUCAAAAUGUAAAAGAGGAGAUGAUGAAGAAUAUUUGA